UCUUCCGACGAGGUAAGAACGGAAAGGUGUAAAUAUUCUGCAAAAGUUAUAAUUCUUAAUAAUGUCUUAAUUGCAGCUAAUUAUUACAAAGUACUGUGCUUCAAUUGUCGUAUAAUUUUAUUGUACACAGAAGAUACUUAAAAGAUGGCAAACCUACAAUUGUUAUUAAACAGCGGAUUAAUAUUGAUCAUUGCCACGGUUUUGUCUAGCAGUCAAAAUUUAUACACUAACGAUAUCAAUGAAUUAAAUAAUCGUUUGUUAAAUGAUAUCUUUCCGGAACACUACGACGUUGAAUUGACACUGCUGAACCUUGAGAACACCGCUGUAAAUUAUUUUAACUUCUUUGGCAAAUGCAAUAUCAUCGUCAAAAUCAUUACACGGAUUACUUUUUUUAAAAUAAACGUAGCGCCAUCAAUAAAUAUACUUGCUAGCACCAUAGUUAAACAAAACCAACCCGAAACAAAUAUCUCACACCAGAGCCAGAAUUAUGUAAACGAACUAGCUUCAUUUCAAGUCUUCAACUUUUAUCCACUUGAACUUGAACCAGGAAUGUAUAUCGUGAAAUUGGGAUUUAAUGGUACCGCAUAUGAUAAUGAACGUGGAUUCUUUCGUACCUCCUACAUGCAGAAUAGAAAUAAACGAUGGUUGCUCGCAACGAAUUUCCAGCCAAAUGGGGCUCAACAAGUGUUUCCAUGUUUUGAUGAGCCAGCAUUUAGGGCCACUUUCAGUAUCUCCAUAAAUUGCAAUCAGAAAUAUCAAGUAGUAUCGAAUAUGGCACUCAAUUUUGAAAAGUUUAGCACUUCUGGUUCUACAAAUAAUCUCCAAAGGGCAAUUAUUAACACUACGCCUAAAAUAUAUCCCAAUCUCGUGGGAUUUAUGAUCUAUGAUUUUCUUUACGAUUAUACAUUAGUACAAGAACAAACACACAGAAUAUAUUUUAGAGACAUUAAAUUACAUGUAAAUUUUACGAAAAAAGUUAUUGAAAACAUUACAUCGCUUUUCAAAGACGAUUGGCGGAAAUUGGAAGAGAUUGUGGAAGUAAUUGCAGUUAAAUAUGUCUUGAUUCCUAUUUUUCCGUUUGAUGGCAAAAAUAAUUGGGGACUUGUUUAUUUUAGAGAAGCAAAUGUCAUUUACAACCAACAAUUAGAUUCGUUUGGGCGCAAAAUAGAAGUGGCGCGCUUAAUAGCACAGAAAAUGGCACAUCAAGUGUUUGGUAAUUUAGUUAGUCCUUCUUGGUGGACUGAUCAGUGGUUGAACGAUGGUAUUGCUGUGUUUUUUGGCAUAGAUGCUGUUAAUAAGACUUUUCCAAACACUCGAAUGUGGGAUCUGUUCGUAGUUCGAGAUUUACACGAAUCGCUACAUUUGGACACUUAUUUUUCCAUGAAACCUCUUUCUUCGGCAGACUUUAGCAGUAGCUUUGAAAUUGAGACAACUUACUGCUUUUUCCGUUAUUUGAAAGCACCUGCUUUGUUACGCAUGUUGCAUCAUAUAAUGACCGAUAAAUUAUUUCGAAACGGAAUUCAUCUAUAUCUUAAAACAUAUCAGUAUAGGACAGCAACUGUUGACGAUUUUUGGACCUCUAUGCAAGCUGCAUUAGAUGCUUGGAACGAAGAAAAUUGUUUGUUAAAAAUGGCGAUGAACACUUGGACAAAUGACAAUUAUCCAAUAGUAAAUGUGGCAACAAAUUUUAAGGAAAAUAGUGACAUAAAUGUGAUAGUAUCACAAAAAAAUAGCAAUAAGUUUUUUAAGGAUAAAUGGUGGAUACCUAUAACGUGGUUUACGAGUAAGUCACUAAUUCAUUCCGAUCAUUCUGCAUCAGGCGAAACGUGGUUACAUCCAGAUGAUACAAAAGUUUUAACUACUAUCAAUAGUGCUAACGAUUGGGUCAUCGUCAAUGCAAAUCGAACUGGAUAUUAUCGCGUCAAUUAUGAUAACCAAAAUUGGCAAAGAAUUGGAAACUUUCUGAAUUCUUCACAUUAUAAGCAAAUACAUGUCCUCACUCGUGCUCAAUUAAUCGAUGACGCGUUUCAUCUUAUGGUAGCUCAGAAACUGAAAUCACGUGUAUUUUGGAAAUUCACAAACUAUUUGUCGCAAGAAACGGAUUAUAUAGCAUGGUAUCCCAUGAUCAAAGCAUUGGAAUACAUGUCGAGUAUUUUUCCAUUUUCAAAUAAGAAAGUCGAGAAUAUUAAGGCACACAUGGUAAAAAUCUUAAGUGCACUUCUUAAUAAAAUAGGAUACAAUGAAAAAUCCAAUAGAGACAAUCUUACCAGAUGUUUAAGAGAAGAAGCAACAAAGUGGGCAUGCAUACUUGGCGAUCCUCUGUGCAAAAAAUAUGCACUUCAAAAAUUACAAUGGCAUCUUGAAGAUCAUAAAAAAAACAAACUUUUACCGUGGUGGAAGGAAUGGACACACUGUAAAGGCUUAAUGACAGCGGAUAGUAUGAUUUGGUACAGUGUGGUCAACGUAUGGGACACGGAUCAUGAUAAUACACUGUUAAAACACUUACUGUGCUCUGAAGAUUAUUAUAUUGUCUUUCAAUCUAUAACAUUAAUGUUGGACAAUAAUGACAAAAACAUUAUAAAUGUACGAUCCAAUGAUAGUGUUCAUUAUUUUCUGUCUCUUCUUUCAAAACAUGCCAAUAACGAACAUUUACUCGAGGAUAUACUUGAUCAAUUUUUGGAUAUGAAACCCAAUAAAGUUACUGAGACUGCUGCGUUAAAUAUUAUUAUUAAUCAUAUAUAUUCCAAGAAACAACUUCAAAAGGUUAAAAAGUUUGUGAACAACAAAUUGUCAGAUCUAAAAUUAAAAGUUCAUUACAAGAUUGAAACACGUAUAACUGAAAUUAAUAGUCGAAUCAAAUAUCUUCAUUUCGUUUCAAAAUAGGUAGAGAUUUUGGAUAUAGAGUAUAGAACCGAUAUCGCUAAGUGGUAAAUAAAUGGAACUAAUAAAAGAUGACAACUGCAAA